AUUGGUCAAUAGUUGAGGAGUGAGAAUAGUUUAAGAAAAAAAAAAUAAAUAAAUAAAGAAGAGAGAAUACUUAAAAAGAAAGGACAGAGCGGAUGUUUAUUUCAGGACCGAAAGCGUGAUGAAAUGGGAAGCCAUUGUAUUGUCAUACCUGGCAUGAACGACCCAGAUUGAAGAGCAACUCACGUGUGAAAUUUUACCCAAAUCUGCCAUUCCCGCUCGCAUCAGCUGGCCCUUCCGCUCGCACCAGCACGAACCACCUUUGCCAAAAUUCCCAAUCGCACCAGCUCGCUCCUCUUCUACUCUGCUUCCUCUUAUCCUCUUCUAGUUUGCUUCCACCCUUCCACCGUUCCAGCCACCGUUCGGGCCAUUUCGGAUAGUAGUCUCCCUGAGUGCCUCGCCGGAGGAGUGUCGGAAAGUGAUUGAAAGGAAGCUCAUUUGAUUGCAAUUAGCUCUGCAAUAUUGGAAACAUGAAUGAUUUGCCGUUAGAAGCAAAUUAUGAUCCUAUAGGAGUUGAAGAAAUAUCCCUACUGUCAUGUUCGAAAUCCGUUGAUGAUGUUUACAUUCCCUAAGUGUUGGAAAACUGCAAACCAAAGGUUGGACAACAAUUUGAAUCGAUAGAUGAGGUACAUGAGUUUUACGUUAAAUAUUCAAAAGAAGCAGGGUUUAGUGUUUGUAACAAUUCCAGUAAGAGAUGUAAAGAUACCAAUGAAGUUGUAAGGAAAGAAUUUGUGUGUUAUAAGGAAGGGGUGUCUUCUACAAAGGAUGGUGAGAAAAAAAGGUGUCGAGGUAUAACAAGAGAAAAUUGUAAGGCAAAACUUGCCGUGAUAAGGUCAAAAUUAGGGAAAUAUGUCAUCAGUGUAUUUGUUGAAAAACAUAGUCAUUCAUUAUCAUCCCCACGAAGAGUGCAUUUAUUGAGGUCACAUUAUAGUAUGCCUAAAGCCAAAAAAUCACUAACCCAACAGCUUUCAGCAGCAAAUGUGCUAACUCACCAACAAAUAAGUAUUCUUGAACUUGAAGCUGGAGAUAUAGAAAAUAUUGGGUGUACGAAGAAGGAUAUCCAUAACCAUGAAGCUAAGUUGCAUAAUGAAUUGAGAGAAUAAGAUGCCGAACUAUUGAAAGAAUAUUUCCUAACCGAGUAAGAAAGGGAUCCAUGCUUCUUUUUUGAAAUAGAUGUAGAUGAUGCUGGUAAAUUGAAGCGUUGUUUUUGGACUGAUUCGGUGUCUAGAAGAGCUUAUGGAUGUUUUGGUGAUAUAAUUGUAUUUGAUACAACUUACAACACUAAUCAGUAUAGUAUGAUAUUUGCAUCCUUGGUUGGGGUUAACAAUCAUAGUCAAACGGUGCUUUUUGCAUGUGCAUUUUUAAGUGAUGAAAGAACCGAAUCGUUCAUUUGGUUGUUUGAGCUAUUAAAGGAGAGCAUGCCUACUAACAAUCCAAAGAUGAUCAUUACCGAUCAAGAUCCUGCAAUGACAAAGGCUAUAGCUCAGAGCUUAUCGAAUACAUUUCAUAGGUAUUGUAGUUGGCACAUACUUGAGAAGUUUUCUACAUAUUUAAAUGCAAUCAUUUAUAGAAAUUUUUAUAAGGACUUCCAGCAAUGCAUUUGGGAAUCAGAAUGUCUAGAAGAGUUUGAAAGAAAAUGGGUGACUACCAUUGAGAAGGCAAGCCUAUAUGACAAUGAUUGGUUAAAAUCAAUAUUUGAGAUACGUUCAAGAUGGGUGCCUGCAUAUGUUAAUCAUAUAUUCUCAGCUGGAAUAUCAAGUAGCCAACGUGCAGAAAGCUUCCAUGCAUUUUUCAAGAAAUAUGUUUCGAAGAAAAACUUAUUGAUGGAUUUCAUACUUCGAUUUAAUAGGGCACUUGCACAUCAACGUCACGAAGAGUUACGGGCUGAUCACAUUAAUAUUAAAGAGAAGCCUAUUUUGAAAUUGCCAUUGGAAAUGGAAAAGCAAAUGGCUGGGAUUUACACACGCAAGAUUUUUCUUGAGUUUCAAGAUGAGUUGUGGCAUAGCUUACUAAUAAUGCCACAGCUUGUUCGUGAAAAUGCUACACACAAAAUGUAUAUGGUCGAGAGUAGUUCAAAUGAAGGUGUUAGUAGAGUUCGGGAAAUUGCUUAUGAUAAAGUUUUGAACUAUGCGUCUUGUACUUGUAAGAAGUUUGAGAGUGAAGGAAUUCCAUGUAGACAUAUUUUGGCAUUCUUGCGACUAUUUGGUAAUAUUCCUUUGCUAAAUCAAUAUAUCAUGAACAGGUGGACGAGAGUUGCAAAAUCUCAAAUAAUAUCCGAUAAGCAAAGUAUUGAAAUAAGUGGAAAAUGUAGUUCAAUGUUGAUGUGGCAAGCUAAACUAUUCCAACUUGCUUCAGAAGUCAUUGAUAAAGCCAUAACAAAUGAAGAAGCUAUAAUUGUGAAUGAUGGUCUUCAAAGUUUGCUAGAUAAGAUUAAAUCUGUAGUUAGCAAUAUGAAGAGUGGAUGCAUUUCUGAAAAAGGUAGUAAUACUCAUGACUCAACUUUGAAAGACCCAUGUCAAGUGAGGGUAAAGGGAUAUGAAAAAAUUGGACAAUCACACGACAAAAAAAACUCUCCAGUUCUCGACAAUCCGUCCUCACAAAAUGAGGAAAAUCAUCAACAAGCAUCGGAAUUUGAAUCUGAAGCUGAUAGUUUUACUUCUACAGGUUUGCAUGAGAAAACUAAGGGAUGACCCCUGGGUGUGUUAAACUAUCUUGCAACAGCUUGGAGGAAAUAAUUCUUUUAUUAGUUUGGUGUGGUUGUCUGGGUUUUUCUGUCUUAUUGCAAAAACUAUCAGGCAUCAGCUUAGUAAAAUAGGGUUGUGUUAUGAUAAUAGACUCCGUACCUUGUCAUGUAUUGUAAUAUGAAGUGUUGUUUGAUUCUUGGAAUGAAUGUAUGCUGGUUUGCCAUUUAUUUUUCCAAUGCAGGCUUCUCAUUUUAAUAUGUAAUUCGGACAGUAGUAGUUCUGUUAAUGUAGUUGGUAUUGACCUACACAAAAACAAUUUCAAUUGGUAAGGGGGAGGAGUUUCAACUUGAAUAACACAAUUGGAAAUUUUCCAGCUAUUGCAGCCUCGGGUUGGAUUGACUGAAAGUUGCAUGUGGUUGCCAUUGGUGGAAUUGGUAUUUAAUAUGCUGGUCACAUUCACUGUGUUGGUGUAGUGCAAGUCAGGACAUAAGAAUAUACCCAACUCAUUCUUCUGCAUAUUUUUCCAGAUUAUUUAUAACAGAUGAACUACAUGUUAUGGUUGCUACUAUCGCUUUUGGCAUGGGUAUUGACAAGCCAAAUGUAAGGCAAGUGAUACACUAUGGCUGUCCCAAAAGUUUGGAGUCCUACCAUCAGGAAAGUGGGCGUUGUGGUAGAGAUGGAAAAUCAGUGAAAAGCUGUCGUGGAGGGAGCGUGACAUGUCUGGAGAAGCAUUUCUUUUAAUGUCUUGCAUUCAAUCGUGUAAGGGUAGAUGGGGCCUAAAUAUGCCUGUAGACAUUCUUCGUGGUUCUUGAUCAAACAAAGUUCUUGAUGCUCACUUUGACAAGCUUCCACUCCAUGGACUUGGGAAAGGUUACUCAUCAAAUUGGUGGAGAGCACUUGCUUACACAUUGAUUUCCUCUGGUAUAUGAUGGAAAAUACUUUCAGUCUGUAGCUGAGUGUAAUAGAUGUACAUUUCGUUUCUUACUGAUAGAGGUAUCCAUUGCUGUUGAUCUUAUUGUUCCCUGUAUAAUUUUCUUUCUACCAAGUAGAGCAUGCUUUAGUAGAAAUUUCCCAGUGCAUGUCUUCUACAGUAGUAGAUAAAUUAAAUUAUCGGGUGUUAUUUAUAGGCAUGCCUGCUUGGUAUUUUUGUUGGUUAUCUGGCAGUACACAUUGUUUACCUUCUUUCAUUGUGUUGGGAAAAAACUAUUGGGUCAUGCCUGCCUUUGCUUCAGGGCAGUGACAUCAGCUGGUUCCUCUGAGCUAA